AUGAAAAUAAAAUUGCCACGGGACCGAUUUCCGUCAACGUCUUCUAAUGAAGACCUUGAUACUAGUAAUGAUUGGGGGGACGUUCGUCCACUGGCGAUGAUGCCCCGACUGCCCCCACCUCAUCCACCUCAAAGUAUCGUCGUGGGGGCAGUAAGGAAGAGAAGAGGUAACCUCCCAAAGAAUUCUGUCCGUAUCUUAAAGAGGUGGUUAUAUGAACACCGGUACAAUGCGUAUCCAAGUGAUACUGAGAAGUUUGCUCUUAGUCAAGAGGCAAAUUUGACAGUUUUGCAGGUAUGCAACUGGUUUAUAAACGCACGUCGGCGUAUUUUACCCGAAAUGAUAAGACGCGAAGGUCAUGACCCUUUACACUAUACGAUAUCACGAAGAGGUCGCAAACAGCUUCACAGCAUGGGACCAAUUGUGGGGCCUAUGGGACCCAUGGUGGGAUAUCCUUCUACUUCGGGGUUCGGCAUUCCACCUGGUAAUAUUAUGGUACCUUGGAAUGGAGUGGAAGUUCAGAAUAUCAUCGAUCCGAGUCGUCCAAACGAUUAUGGAGACGGUCUUUUGGUAUACCGCGAUGAACCAGAGCUGGGAGAUGGCGAGGAAGACUACUCCAGUACCAUUAGUGAGGAAGAGGUGAAAUACGACCCGUCAGUGUGGCAAAGCGUAAUACGCUAUGGCCCCGAGGACAGGGAUUUGAAGGUUGACAAGAGUCCAGUAGUAAUGGCAGUAACUACUGAUGAUGUACCAGAGCUGAGUGAGAGUACGGUUUGGACCCAGCUCACUCCGAUACAACCUCGUCGGCAGGUGAGCCCUCCACCGCCACCUGUUGCCGUGGAACUAGAAGUUGCUACCACUGAUAUGUGGUGUCACACUUAG